AUGACAACAGAGAAGUGGUGCACCAUGAAGCCGAAGUGGAAGAAGAAGAGCUUACUGAAAGCGCCAUUAGCUGCAAAGUCUCGGUCAGAGGCUAUUUCUGAAGUAGGUAUUCCAGAUCCUAGUACAAGUGACAAAGUGCAAUCUCGACCCAACUCUGAUUCAAACAAGGAAAAAGGCCUUGGUAGUUUAUUUGCACCUUCUGACAAGCCACCAUAUAAGCCACCUUUGCCAUUUCCACAAAGGCAGCAACAACGUUCCAAGGAUCAACAAUGCAUUGAAUUCAUGAAGAUGUUGGCUAAGGUUCAAAUUAAUUUGCCUCUAUUAGAUGCUAUUAAACAGAUCCCAUCAUAUGCCAAAUUUCUGAAGGAGCUAUGUUCUAAAAAGAAAAAGUUCUUGGAAUAUGAGAAGGUGAUUUUAACUGAGCAAUGCAGUGUUGUCCUCUUACAUAAGCUACCACCCAAGAAGAAAGAUCCGGGGAGUUUCACUAUCUCUUGUAUUAUUGGUAGUCUUGAUUUUCAUAAAGUAUUGAUUGAUUUAGGAGCAAGUGUUAACCUUAUGCCUUAUUUUGUUUUUCAAAAAUUAGGUGAAGGAGAACUCAAGCCCACAUCUGUGAGUCUUCAAUUGGCAGACAGGUCCAUGACAUAUCCUUUGGGUAUUCUGGAAGAUGUGAUUAUUAAAGUGGAUAAAUUCUAUCUCCUAGCUGAUUUCAUUGUACUUGACAUGGAGGAAGACAAGGAAAUGCCUCUCAUUUUAGGCCGACCGUUCAUGGCCACCGCCCAGACACUUAUUGAUGUGGAAGCAGGUACUUUAACCCUAAGAGUGCAAGGACAAUCAGUUGUAUUCAAACUCUUUAAAGCUAUUAAGCGUCCUUUCGAACUUGAAGAGUGUUUUCGUGUUGAUGUUUUGGAUGGGAUUGUGCAUGCAAACUUUGCCUCACGAUCAUCUAAUGAUGAGCUGUUAACUUGCCUCACCAACCAUGAUGGUACUUUAUCUAUGGAAGAAAAUGUGGUGGACGUCAUUGCUGCACUGGAUAGUGCACCAAUUCAUAAUCCAAAGUGGCGACAUGUUUAUGAAAGCCUUGGAGUGCCUAAGCAGCCCCUUCUUCCUUCAAGUGAACAAGCUCCGAAGUUAGAGCUCAAGCUACUGCCGAGCCACCUCAAGUAUGCUCAUCUCGGGGUGAAUGAGACCUUGCUUGUUAUUAUUGCUGCUGAUCUUAAUGACACGGAGGAAGACAAAUUACUAAGAGUUCUUCGCAAGUAUCAAGAUGCUCUGGGGUGGACACUUGCUGACAUAAAAUGCAUUAGUCCAGCUUUGUGCAUGCAUAGGAUUUUUAUGGAGGCUGGGACUAAACCAACUGUUGAAGCUCAAAGACGUCUAAAUCCGAUCAUGAAGGAAGUUGUACGAGUUGAGGUGAUGAAGUUACUCGAUGCAGGUAUCAUUUACCCAAUCUCGGAUAGCAAAUGGGUGAGCCCGACUCAGGUGGUUCCAAAGAAAACUGGUAUUACUGUGGUGAAGAAUGAUAACAAUGAGCUUGUGCCUACAAGGAUGACCACCGGAUGGCGAAUGUGUGUUGACUAUAGAAAGCCCAAUAACAGCACUAGAAAUGAUCAUUUUCCGCUGCCAUUCAUUGAUCAGAUGCUCGAGAGACUAGCUGGUCAUUCUUUCUAUUGUUUCUUAGAUGGUUAUUCAGGGUACAACCAAAUUCCAAUUGCCCUUGAGGAUCAAGAGAAGACAACGUUUACAUGCCCUUUUGGUACAUUUGCAUACAGACGAAUGCCAUUUGGAUUGUGCAAUGCCCCUGCCACUUUCCAACGAUGCAUGAUGAGUAUUUUUUCUGGAAUGGUUGAAAAUAUUGUUGAGGUUUUUAUGGAUGACUUUUCUGUUUUUGGUAAUUCUUUCGAUAUAUGUUUGGAUAACUUGUCUUUGGUUUUGGAAAGAUGCAGGGAGACUAAUCUUGUGUUAAAUUGGGAGAAAUGCCAUUUUAUGGUUAAAUAUGGCAUUGUGCUAGGACAUCUAAUUUCAAGCAAAGGAAUAGAGGUCGACAAGGCAAAGAUUGAGGUGAUCGUCAAAUUACCACCACCAACUUCUAUGAAGAAUGUGAGAUCUUUCUUGGGACAUGCUGGUUUUUAUCGAAGAUUCAUCAAGGAUUUUUCCAAAAUUAGUCGUCCUCUUUGUAAUUUACUUGCUAAAGAUGCUUGUUUUGAUUUUAAUGCAGAUUGUCAUGAUGCUUUCAACAAAUUGAAGGAUCUUCUCACAUCAGCCCCAAUUAUAACAGCUCCAGAUUGGACCCUUCCUUUUGAGCUCAUGUGCGAUGCUUCCGAUUACGUUGUGGGUGUUGUCCUUGGUUAGCGAUGUGACAUGC